UGUGAGAGGGAGGGAAGAGCACUCAAACUUCCCUCAAUUGAGUAGUCCCUCAAACACGUUAGGGUUUAUCUCCUCCACUCCUAGCAACCGCUACGAAACCCUCAAACUUCCCCAACACUCAGCGGUUGAGAGAGAACAACCUGAGUUUCUCUUCAAUGGAAACCAGAACAACGAACCUGUAAGAUUCAAUUCAUUGAUUUGUGAAUUUGCAUUCAUCUAAGAUAACACGGGCGAUAGGAUCAGCACCUUACCAGACCCAAUCCUCUGUCACAUACUCUCCUUUCUCCCAACCAAGCAAACCGUUGCCACAAGUGUUCUCUCCAAGAGGUGGAAGCCACUGUGGCGUUCAGUUCCCGUUCUCGACUUCGAUGACGAAGAACCCGAUGAUAUCGGAACCUAUUUCCUAUUUGUUCAAUCGGUUUAUGCAGUCAUCGUCUCCCUAGAUCUCCACCAACCUAUCCAUAGAUUCCGACUCUCUUGUCUCUCUGAUAAUUUUUACGAUCCUUACAAUGUCACCAUUUGGGUGAAUGCUGCCGUGCAACGCAGAGUUCAGCACAUCGAACUCUGCGUCUAUCCGCCGUGUCUUCAACCAUCUCCCAACUUGUCCUCCAUCUUCACUUGCAGUACUCUUAUGGUUCUCAAGUUGCAGGGGAUGAAAUUGGAAGGUCUUCCCUCGGCGGUUGAUCUUCCCUUGCUUAAAGUCCUGCAUUUAGAAGAUUUGACUAUCUCAGAAUUCAAGUCUCUCGCUGAGCUUCUUUCGGGAUGUCCGAAUCUCGAGGACCUCAAAACAAUGGGUUUGUUUAUUACUUGUUAUGAGUCUUACAGAGAGAUUAAAACCUUGCCUAAGUUGGUCAGAGCAGAUGUUUCAUUGGAAAGUACAUAUGUUUUGUUCAGAGAUGUGGUUGAGAAUGUCAAGUUCUUGCGCUUAGAUGAGAUUUAUGAUGUAGUCCUCAAUGAGAGUGCGCGCCAAUACCCUGACUUUAUCCCCAUGUUUCACAAUUUAACCCGUAUUGAGCUUGACUAUUGCAAAUUUAAUAGUGAUUGUUCUGAGGUGGUGGAAUUGCUCAAUCAUUGCCCCAAGCUUCAAGAUCUUGUCAUUGACCAGCCAAAUGUUGAGUCUGAUCUAUUUGAAGAACCUUUGCAAUACCCAUCGUCUGUUCCUGAAUGCAUUCUAUCACACCUUCAAAGAUGCUAUAUUAAUUGUUAUAGAGGCACCAAAGGUGAGUUUCGAUUUGCAAAAUAUAUAAUGGAGAAUGGAAGAUUUUUAAAGAGGAUGACAAUAUCAAGUGGCAUUGCCAGAAAUCCACAGAGAAAACGUAAGAUGUUAAAAGAAUUAUCCUCAUGCGCGAGGCAGUCUGAAACUUGUAAGCUUUCCUUUAAAUGAUAACAACCUAGAUAUAUUAGCUGCAAGAAGUUUCUUCAUUUCUUUCCUUUUGCUAGUAGUUAGCAGGGAUAUGGACCUUGCCUUAAUUUUCUAAUUAGUCAAACUUGUUCUUUACUGAUGGUUAAUUGUUAGUUUGAUCUAUUGUUCUCAAGUGUGAGGCAAUUGUAGGUUAUAUUCUGAUCUUAUGCGAACCUCCAUGGUAAGUAGGUGUAAAUUGUCUCUUGAACAAGUGCAGCCACACCAAAAUCAAACAUUUAGUUGUUUGCUCAAAAACAACUGUUUUGUCUUUUGAUAAUUUUAUGAUUUUUAUUAGUGUAUCAAUGUCGUACCAAAAUUUGGUCGGAAAUCACAUUUUUACAUAAGAUGAUUGUAUCAUUUCAAUA